UCUCUAAUUUUUAUCAUCUUUUGUUUUUUUUUCAGCUAAAAUUGACAGCAAAAACAUGGCACCGUGUUUUUAUGAGACAUGCCUGCAGUUUAUAGCCCAGAAAAUAACCAUACGUGAUGAGGACAGAGAGGUGUACUUGAAAGAUUUCGACAUUAUACGAGACUAUAUCUUGAAUGGCAUGCGUGAAGUGGACAGUGUUUUUAAUAGUCUCUAUAAAGGACCAAGCUUGUUUGGUAGCUACUCAAAUAAUGUGCGUAUCAAGUAUCCCAGCGAAUUCGAUGUAAUAUUCAAGCUCAGUAUACCUUAUUCAUCAUAUAUUAAUGUGGAGGAGGAUGAAGAUCGUCCCGGUUUUGUCAACUUAGAUUUUGAAGAGCUUAUGGAAGAGCUCUACAAUUGCAACGGUUAUAAUGAUGUAUAUAAUCACAUGUGUGACCUUGUUGAUCAGAAUAACCAAUACUUAAAUCGUUCGAGACUGCAAACCUGGCUUAAAGGUGUUAUGGAAGAUUGCUUGGAUACGAAUGGUGAUCGUGUGCGCGGCAAUUGGGGUGAUAUCUAUACAUUGAUAUAUACAAAACGUGGACUAGCACAUACAAUAUAUGCUAAAUGUGCUAGACGCACAAUUUCGAUUGACUUCGUGCCGGGUAUUUGCUUCGGCACUGCUGAUUGGAUCGACGUCAGAUAUGGUCCUAAAUUCAGGUAUAAAUGUGAACAAUGGUACGCCGUUCCGAAGCCAACACCAGGGCCAUAUGAAACGCGUUGUUAUGCCUUUAUGGUAUGUAAUCCCAAAGUAGAGCACGAUCUUUUAUUGGGAAAUCAGAAUUUGAAAGUAGUCUUUCGUCUUUUAAAAUCGUUGCGUAAUGCAUACGGCAUGCGUUGUUUAAAGAGUUACUUUAUAACGACUACUUUUCUCUGGGAAAUCGAAAUACAGAAUAAGAAUUUCUGGAACAACCCAUUACAUAUCAUACUUGAACAUAUGCUUGAAACUUUGGCCACUGACUUUGAAAAUGAAUGGUUGCCAUUCUUUUGGAAUAAAGAACUUAAUCUCUUGGAUAACUUAAGCCAAGAUGAUGUAGAAGAUUGUGCCUAUAAACUACGAAAAGCCUAUAAUACGUUAAGACAAUAUAAAUUCGCACCUAAUCUUACCUACAAGCGCUGUCUAACUCAUUUCGAGGUCCCAUAAAUUGUGGUUUUGCCAAGUUGGAGCCUAUCUAAGAUGACAAAGAUAUCCUUAAUUUUGAUACUAAAUAACUUAGCUUUUCAAAACAUACAUAGAUACAUAAUGAAUAUUCAUAUGCAUUUAUCUACAUUAAUAUGUUUAUAUCAUAUAUUUGAAAACUUGAAUUAUUUUUUGAAAUAAAAUAAAUAUUUUAUAAAAAAAA